GCUUUUUAAAAAAACUUUACCCAGGAACCUUUGCGAAGUGGCAACGUCGCCGGCAAAUGGCGGAGGCGGUGUGUGCGCGCGCAUGCGCAGUGAGGAGUGAGCCAGAGACGCCGACGCCGGGUGAGAGAGAGGCUGGUUGAGUGCAGAGAGAGACGGGCCAGGGGUUUCGGGCCUGCUUCGAGAGGACCAUGGCAAGUCCAAGAACAAGAAAAGUCCUGAAAGAAGUGAGAGUACAAGAUGAGAAUAAUGUUUGUUUUGAGUGUGGUGCAUUUAAUCCCCAAUGGGUGAGUGUGACUUACGGAAUAUGGAUCUGCCUUGAAUGCUCGGGAAAACAUCGAGGCUUGGGUGUUCAUCUCAGUUUUGUGCGGUCUGUCACUAUGGACAAAUGGAAAGAUAUUGAAUUGGAGAAAAUGAAAGCAGGUGGUAAUCAUAAGUUUCGGGAAUUUUUAGAGUCUCAAGAAGAUUAUGACGCUUGUUGGUCACUGCAAGAGAAAUACAACAGCAAAGCUGCAGCACUCUUCAGAGAUAAGGUGGCGGCACUGGCCGAAGGUAAAGAAUGGUCAAUUGAAACAUCAUCUGCUAGAAACUGGACACCACCUCAGCCCAAAGUUGCUCUUUCCUCAACUCAUCGCUCUGCUGGACAACAGCAGAAUGCAGGUGGCACUUCUGACAAAGCCUUUGAAGAUUGGUUAAAUGAUGAUGUUGGCUCUUAUCAAAGUGGCCAAGAGAAUCGCUAUGUGGGUUUUGGGAAUACAGUUACUCCUCCGAAAAAGGAAGAUGACUUCCUCAACAAUGCCAUGUCCUCUCUAUAUUCAGGUUGGAGCAGUUUUACAACUGGAGCAAGCAAGUUUGCUUCUGCAGCUAAAGAGGGUGCUACCAAAUUUGGAUCUCAGGCUACUCAAAAGUUUUGGGGCCACAAACAGCAGGCAGAGCCGGCAUCAGAGUUAGGUCAAAGUUUAAAUGAAAAUGUUCUCAAACCUGCACAGGAAAAGGUGAAAGAUGGAAAAAUUUUGGACGAUGUUUCCCAUGGAGUCUCACAUUUGGCUUCCAAGGUCCAGGGUGCAAGCAGUAAGGGCUGGCGAGAUGUUACCACUUUUUUUUCUGGAAAAUCGGAGGAGCCUUCUGAAAGGCCACCUGAGGGAGAAAGCUACCAGAAUACCAGCGAAGGCUACCAGAACAAUACAGUGGAUCACAGCUUUUGGGAGACCUUUGGCAACUCAGAUCCACCCAAACCUCAUAAGUCCCCAAGCAGUGAUAGCUGGACCUAUGUGGACAAUUCUAUGGAGAAGAAGAGCUCGGAUAGCUGGGACGUCUGGGGCUCAGGGACAGUCUCCAAUAACAAGAACAGUAACAGUGACAGCUGGGAAAACUGGGAGACCAAUUGGGAGAAUGCAGCAGGGGAGGGCAAAGCCAAAAAGGCCCCCAAGAAGACAACAAAAGAGUCACCAUCAGCUGCUGAAGAAGGAUGGGAUAACCAGAACUGGUAGAAACCUGUCCUGUCCAGUAUAGCCAAGGGGAAAGUCACACUUCUGGAAAGAUUUACCAUGUAACUGGAUUCAUGUCCUUGUCAUUUUGGGCCUGUUCAAACCACCUGCUUUACAGUUCAAUUUUCUUUCCACUCUGUUUACAACUACAGCAGAAACUUUUGUUUGCAGAUUCUUGUACUUUACUAUAUGGAAACACAUCUCUCCCAUGGAAAUGACCUUGUAUACUAGUGCUGCUGUUGUAUGUGGACUUCCUUAAAGCAAGAACAUACUUUCAUAGCACAGCAUUGCAUGUAUAGUCUUGCGGAAUUGCCCAGCUUCUCUUUGGAGCUUCAAGUAAAGCCCUUAGCAGCCUUUGAUAUGAGGCUGUCUUUGUUUGGUUAGUGAACAUUGACUGAUGCUGCUGGGAUGGCUUUGAAUUAAGCCAAAAUGGUAAUUAAAACAUUGUUGAAACAGUUCUUAGGUUUAUUAAGGUUUGAUAGAAACAUCAUCACUUGUUUCAAUUUUUUGACAAAGAAGAAUCAACUGAAGCUCGUUAUCUAAAACAUCUGGAGUCAAGAAUGAGGCAUUUCCAACUCCUGUGCUUGGAGGUUUUCAACAAUGGAACACAUCUCCCUUUUUAAAAGUUAAAGAACAGAUUUUCUUUUGUAUCCUUCUAAAUUUUUCAUUUUUUUACUAGAAUUGCCCAGAUACUAGAGUGCACUUGAAUAGCCAUUGUAUGUCAGAUGUGGCAGAACAGGAUCUCCAGUUGACAAAAGCAAAAUUCUCAAGCUUCAUCAUUCUAAUUAAACAAUAUUAAUUAAAUCAUAAACGCCAUAAUUUAUCAAUGAAUAGAACUUUGGACACAUGAAUAAAAUCAGUUUACAAGACUUUAUGGUAGGUUUCUUGGUUCUUCCUUCUCUGAAAAAUUAGAAAGACUAUAAUCAAGAGUGGUCAAAUUGCAACUUUCAUCAUGUUGGACAGUUUUGCAGCCAUUUGAGAAGAAUUCAAUUAUUUCUUCCUACAAAGUCCUCUGUAAAGGACUUUUACAGAUAUCUUGUCAUCCCUGUAAGUUAAAAGGGCAACAGUACAGUGUGGCUAUUGAGAUGUGAAAACAUGCUGGAAAACUUUGAAUCAUGGUGUAGUUGGCUGAAGUCAAAACUGGAAGCCAACAUGGGCUUUUCAGAAAUUGAUAUAGACAUUUGUUUGCAGACCUACGUUUUACAUGUUUGAAUUGCAGCCCAAGAAGAUCUCCACAUUGUCAAGUGUGGGUCUACAACUCUGUUCUUAUGGACCUUGGUAUGGACUUAAAUUCCCACUUCUAAGAAUUCAGCUUAAGAUAUCUGCUGUAUAUAAUUGUCUACACACAGAAUUACCCACUAAGUAUUAAUAGUUUACUAGGGUUCUUGUGUAUUGUUCAAUAUGUCAAUAUCUCGUGAAGUUAUACAAUCGUGUCAGCUUGUUCUGCUGUACUUAAUUCCUAGUCUUUAAAACUGCCAACUAAAAUCUUCUGGUUUUCCCUUCUGUUGUUUCUGUUCCACCCUUCUCUCUUCUGAAGGGUUGAUCUUAUUGUGCUCUUUCUGUCUACCAGUGGUAGCAGUGGUGAGAUGGUCCUUGCCUUGUCUUCAGAAACCCUUAAAGGUGCUUUCCUUCUGCCAGGCAGACUCCUAUGUCUUGUGUUGAGAAUGCCUGACCUUGUACAACUGCUCCUUACAAGCAUAAAUAAAUUUGAGCACAAGGAGAGUUGAAUUUGUAGUGUUGGUGCUUCCAUUCUUGCCAACAUGUGUGUUAUGAUAACAUUGGAACUUAAUUGAAUGUUCAAAAUCUAGAGAAUAAUGGGAGCUUAUACCUAAUUUUUCAGUCUGUUCUCUUAAAAUAUUUCCAGCCAUGGAAGCCAAUGCAUGUUUUCUAUACUACUUGAGAGUGGAAUACUUGCUCUCAUGAUCUGGCAGUAAAUCUUUCAAAGACUAGCUAUAGAGAAGACAUACUUAUGUUGUCUUCAUGAAUUAAUAUGAGAGUCUCUAAAUUAUAAGAAUGCUUCAACUUUUUGUCACUUUAUGAAAUAUUCAUACAGUCUCAUGAACAAAAGAUAUAUAUAAAAGAACUUCUAUUUUCUGUUUUCUUAUGUUUUUCUAAGGCCUCAUCUGCCAUAUAAUGUAGUUUCAGAAUGCCGUUUAACUGCAUUGGAACUAGAUUAUAUGAGUCUUAACUACAUUUUGAAACUACAUUAAAUGGCAGUGACUUAACUUAGCUUUGCAUUUCCUUGCCCUGGUCAUAUAAUAAUUUGUCAUUUAAAACUUUCUACACUUUCACAUCACCCCUUCACUUUUCAGAUUCUUAAAUGGCAUCACGGAGCUGCCAUCCUGGUAAAAUGAUGCAUAGGAAACAUUGGAUGGCAGGAUUAAAAUAUCCUGUAUCUUGAAAUAGUUAUCAAGGUCUGAGUGAGAAGUAGUAAAUACUUCUUCAAAAAAUGAUUUAUUUUUAGUCCCAAUUAUAGCCAGGCCUGAAAAUUGAUUGGUUUUACAUUGUUGGUCUUAUAUUAAGAGGACAGAUAUCUCCUCAGCAAACAGUGUUUUACAAAACUACUAUUUUUCUGGUUGCCUGCAGCAGAACAAAUUGAAGUCUGAAAUAUUGUAACUGCUAUUAAUUGCUAACAAUUAUCCAUGAUGUUGCCUAAUAUCUUUUGAACUCGUGUUUGGACUCAAGCUUGGACUUUAUUCCUGUUCUAAGGAUCAUAAUGAGUAAUAAGAAAAGUCUGUAGGUUAUAUCAAACUGGCAAAGAAGCAUUAAAUGUAUGCCUUUUGAUCAGUUUCAUAAGAUUACUUUUUAGGAGAGACAGUGCAUAGAAAGUAGAGGCAUCCGUCGAUAUUUAAAAGUUUAUUGUGCUGUUAAGAUCUCACUUUUUUAAAAGGCAGCUUUCUUUGAAAAACAUGAAGCAAACCAGGAAGCCAAGAGAUGCUUUAAUGUUAGGCUCCAUUUUUGCAAGCGGGCUUAUUUUAUUUUGUAGAUCUUACUGUUUAUUUUUUCCCAGGGAUUGGACUACAAUGGUACCUCAAUUGUUUACUACUACAAAUUUAUUUAUUUAUUUUGCAGAGAGGUACUUGUAGAGGAUACCUGGGAGUUCCGCAUUUGUCUUGGGUUGCUUUCAAUAUAUGGAAUUGGUAACAUUAGAAAUAAUGUCAGUUUUAUCAUCAAUAUUUAAGAUAAACCUACAAUGCAGUAUUUAUUAAAGCUCAGUAGCAUGAAGUGGUUGCUGUACAAGAAGUACAUUUCUAAACUACCCAACAGCCCCAAAAUCCUCCAACUGUAACCUAUUCUUCCUUCAGCCAUGCAAUCUUGACCUCAUGAUAUCAAUUCUUCCAAUUUCCUUGAGUUGAAAUCUAGCUACCACUAUUCUGAUUCCCUCAGUGUCAAUACAGAUGUUGCAUUUUUUCUCCCCGUGGGUAAAAUUGAGUGUGGGGUGGAAAAUACGGAUUUUGGAACAAACAUCUGUGAACAUGACUACCGUCGUAUACUGAUAAAUCUCUAGAGAUCUAACGAGUGGAUUUCCACUGUGAUGUAACUUUCCAUGUGUUUUCCACUAAAGGCAAUGUAGGGAGGGAAUCAUAAUUGAAAUUAGUAAAAUGGAAGGCGUAAAUUGGCUUGAUUCAGAUAAGAUUAUAUCUUUUCUCCAGGAUCUGAAAUGCUAUAAUCUUAUAGUGAAAUCAAGGUUGCUUGCAGGAUUGUUGUAAAUGUUGAGCAUUUCUAAGAACACAACUGUGUGUAAAUGAUAGGGUUCAUAACUUAAAAUCUUUUGCUGUACAGCCUUGCUGGAAGAUCAGUUUAAAUCCACAAGAAUCCAGCACGCAUAUACACAGAUCCCAUUCGAACAUUCCAUGGGUAGAUUUUUUAAUGUAUCGAUGUAGUAAAUUUGUGCAAUAACUUAAAACCGUUGGGUGAAACUCAUUUUAAUUUAAUCCAGAUUGCAAGGUUUAGAGGUGCAGUCUCCCAGUACCAAGACCUCACAUUGACCAAAAUAGAGGCCAGUACCAGCGGAGGACUUUGCCAAAAGCUAUGAGUGCUAAAGGAUGGAUUUAAGAAACUUCACUGGAUUCUUAACCUUCCUCUUUUAGCUUGAAGUAAUGGAUCUCUGGAACUCUUGUUUUGUUUCUUUGAGAGAAGGAGAGUUCUGAAACAUGGUAACAUUUCAAUUUUCCUUCUGUAUGUUUGUGACGUUCACAAGAACAGUGAGCGAUCUUCCUUGUUCUGUAAAGUGGUUCAGGAUUCGAACCUACUGUGUCAUCUUGAAAACAAAACAAUAAAGCAAGAGAAAUGAAACAAAGCAAUUCAAAA